ACUCCACCAGGAAAGCUCAGCUCACUAAACAUUAUCUACAGAAUUUCUCUCUAUUAUUAUCCUAUCCCAAAUCGUAAGAAAUGCAAUAGCAGUAGCCAUGGCAUCCCACGCAACACUCACAGCAUCUCAACCAACGCUCCAUUCUCUCCUCUCUCCACUUCCCUCUAAUCAUUCCUCAUUCCAUGGCGUCUCCGUUAGUCUCCCACUUCAAUCUUUUUCUUUCUCUCUCGCUGCCAAGACUGCUACCAAGAAGAAAGCUGCUGCUGCUGUCCUUAAUGGCACCUCCAAUGGUUCUACAGCUGUGAAUGUUCAUGUUACUGGUCUUACUACAGGGGAUUACUAUGGUGAUACAACAAAUGGAUGCACUUCAACAGGAGUGGUAGAGGCAGAAAUAGUGGAUGAUCAGAUACCAUUGAUUGGUUUUGACACUCUGAUUGGAAGCGGUUUUGAGAUCGAUGAGCUCGAGGAUGACCUUGGAAGGCUUACUGCUGUUCCAAAAAAACGUACUUCUAGAACAAAGAAGCGGAUUCGUAAAAACGUUUGGAAAAGAAAGGCAUCUUCUGCAGCAUUAAAAGCCUUAUCGUUAGCAAAAUCUAUUUACACUGGCAAAUCGAAAAGUUUUUUGAGCAACAAGUUGAAAAACGAGUAGAUGAAGAAACGUUGCAGAUCCAUAAAAGCUAUCCAACAGAUUCUACAAACUACAUUUUGAUGGGAGAAAUGUAUCUAGAAAUGAGAUAAUUUGUUGAUGUACUGGAGAGAACAAAUCCUGUGUAUCAUGUAUUAUCAUGUCCUUUAUUUAUAUCCCUUCUGUCUUUGUAACCUUUCUCAGAGGAAAUUUUCUUGAACAAAAUCAAUGUCAAUUCUCUUGGUUUUUUUU